GUUGUUAAGUAUAAUGUCGAGAGAAGGAGGGAGAGUGGGGGGGGGGGGAGGGGGCGAAGAGGACGACAGAGUAGGGGAGAGAGGGAAAUGCGGGAGAGAGCGAGAGAGAGAGAGAGAGAGAGAGAGAGAGAGAGAGAGAGAGAGAGAGAGAGAGAGAGAGAGAGAGAGAGAGAGUGAGAGAGAGAGAGAGAGAGAGAGAGAGAGAGAGAGAGAGAGAGAGAGAGAGAGAGGGGGGGGUCGUUGCACCAACCAACCUUUUCCAUGCUGAUCAGUGUAACCUCGAGGCGAA